AUGGCGACACCAAUGCCUCGAUUCUUGACCAUGUCGCAAAUCCGAAGCCUUCAUCACAGAUUUGGAGUCCCCCGUGCCCCCCUCACCCAGAUAUCUAUGCUGGAAUCUGCAGUCAAUGCGCCGGUGAAUAAGAACCACUAUGAGAAGGAUCGCGAUGUGUUUCGGCUGGCAGCGAUCCUAGCCGAGCGGAUCAUGCAGAACCACGCGUUUCAGGAUGGGAACAAACGCACUGCCCUGCUAGCGGCUGAUAUGUUCUUGAGGGUUAAUGGCUAUUCCCUCCAGAGGGUUCCAUCUGCAGAUGAUGCGCACACCGAGGGCCUCGCAGCGGCGCAUGUUGCAGUGGUCACUAAGAAAUGGACCGUUGAACAGCUGUGCAACUACUACCAAUCUGUCGCGCUGCCUGUAACCUAG